AAACCUUGGGCCAAACACACCAAUCAUCGACGUUGAUUUUGCAAGCAGCUCCAACUCGAAUUGUAAUGCUCGCUACGACGGCGACAUUUUGACAAGACCCGGAACCGACGACCUUGGAAGCCCUCCCGCCUUCGCGACGACACCCGCUCCGCUCGCUCAGAAAAGCAUCUCCAGACUAUUCACAAUGGCGAGCAAGCUCACUCCCCUCAUCCGCUCCGCCAUCCGGCCGGUGUGCCGGGCUGCCCGCCCUCAGUCUCGCGCCGCCUUCGCUAUCACAGCCAGCCGACGAAGCGACACUCUCAUGGUGCAUCGAAACACCGAGGACAACAACCCCGACAUCCCCUUCAAGUUCAACGAGAAGAACCAGACCGUCAUUGCCGAGAUCCUCAAGCGAUACCCUCCUCAGUACAAGAAGGCUGCUGUCAUGCCUUUGCUAGACCUCGGCCAGCGCCAGCACGGCUUCACCAGCAUCAGCGUCAUGAACGAGGUCGCCCGUCUUCUUGAGAUGCCUCCUAUGCGAGUGUACGAAGUUGCCUCUUUCUACACCAUGUACAACAGAACCCCCGUGGGCACAUACUUGUUUCAAAUGUGCACUACGACACCUUGCCAACUUGGUGGUUGUGGAUCUGAUGUUAUCGUCAAGGCUAUUAAGGAGGAGCUCGGAAUUGAGCAGGGCCAGACCACUGCUGACGGUCUAUUCACCAUUCUCGAGGUCGAAUGUCUCGGUGCAUGCGUCAACGCUCCCAUGAUUCAGAUAAACGACGACUACUACGAGGAUCUCUCCCCCGCCUCCGUGAAGGACCUCCUCAAGUCUCUUCGGGCCCAGGCUACUGCUUCCGAUCCCUCAACCGUCAACGUCCCCAAGCCUGGUCCUCUCAGCAGCCGAGACACAUGUGAGAACAGUGCUGGCCAAACAAGCCUUAACGCGGAACCUUGGGGAACCGAGACCACAAGGGCAGACCUGUAGAAUUAUAACAUCAUUAUCUCUCUUUUUUAGUUCAAUAGCAAGAAAUGCAAAAAGUGUCCGGCGGGAGGAGGCUUCUACUGUACAUAACACCAUGUCAAAUGCUUUCCCAGAUAUAGAAUGCGUGGAUUCUCGUCAAUAGCAAUAUGAUAUGCUGUGUGAAGUAUUGUGUCCGAUAGGACUUUGUUUCUUCAUUCCAUUCGUUCACUUAAUACAAUCGCCAAAAACAUGUUACGCC